AUGGAGGGAUCCGCCGCCGCGGCGCCGCUCCGCACGCGCGUGUGCAUCAUCGGCAGCGGCCCGGCCGCGCACACGGCGGCCAUCUACGCGGCCCGCGCGGAGCUCAAGCCCGUGCUCUUCGAGGGCUGGAUGGCCAACGACAUCGCCGCGGGGGGCCAGCUCACCACCACCACCGACGUCGAGAACUUCCCGGGCUUCCCCACCGGCAUCAUGGGCAUCGACCUCAUGGACAACUGCCGCGCCCAGUCCGCCCGCUUCGGCACCAACAUCCUCUCCGAGACCGUCACCGAGGUCGACUUCUCCGCCCGCCCCUUCCGCGUCACCUCCGACUCCACCACCGUCCUCGCCGACACCGUCGUCGUCGCCACGGGCGCCGUCGCGCGCCGCCUCCACUUCCCCGGGUCCGAAACCUACUGGAACCGCGGCAUCUCCGCCUGCGCCGUCUGCGACGGCGCCGCGCCCAUCUUCCGGAACAAGCCCAUCGCCGUCAUCGGCGGCGGCGACUCUGCCAUGGAGGAGGGAAACUUCCUCACCAAGUACGGAUCCCAAGUGUACAUCAUCCACCGGCGCAACACCUUCCGCGCCUCCAAGAUUAUGCAGGCCAGGGCGCUCUCCAAUCCUAAGAUCCAGGUUGUCUGGGACUCCGAGGUCGUCGAGGCCUACGGCGGCGCAGGCGGUGGCCCAUUAGCUGGCGUCAAGGUCAAGAACUUGGUGACUGGUGAGGUCUCUGACCUUAAGGUGUCCGGGCUCUUCUUCGCCAUCGGGCAUGAGCCGGCCACCAAGUUUCUCAAUGGGCAGCUUGAGCUCCAUGCCGAUGGGUAUGUGGCCACCAAGCCGGGCUCUACACAUACCAGUGUGGAGGGGGUCUUUGCUGCUGGAGAUGUGCAGGAUAAGAAGUAUCGUCAGGCCAUUACUGCCGCUGGCAGGGUGCAUGGCUGCUUUGGACGCGGAGCACUAUCUGCAGGAGGUGGGUGCACAGGAGGGCAAGUCUGA